AUGAGUGGAAGUACUUCAAAGGCGGACUUUACCGCCAAAAGAGAUGACGAUGUCCACGAUGCAGCCAAAUCAAUCACCAACAACGAAGUUCCCAUUAACGCCUCCGGCCACGUCCAAGAACUACCCCAGAACUUCAACCUCCUCUCCCUAGCAGGCGUAGGCCUUGUCGUCGGCAAUGUAUGGCCAGCAAUUGGCGGCUCCAUCCUCGUCGCCAUCUUCAACGGCGGUCCACCGGGCGUCCUCUACGAAUUCAUCGUGGUGUCCAUGUUCUACUGGGCAGUCGCUGCGAGUGUUGCAGAGCUAGCCAGUGCGAUUCCUUCAUCAGCCGGUGUGUAUCACUGGGCUUCUGUCACGCCUGGGCCGAAGUGGGGGAGGGUUAUCGGGUUCUUUGCGGGAUGGUGGAAUUAUCUUGCUUGGUGUCUUGGAUGUGCUAGCAUGUCGAGCAUUCUUGCGAACACGCUUGUUCAGAUGUAUGCUUUGAACCAUCCGGGCUUUGUGGCUGAGUCGUGGCAUGUGUUUAUCACGUAUAUCAUCACGACGUGGCUAUCGUGUGCGGCGGUUUGUCUUUGGAACAGCGCUAUGCCGGGGUUGAACAAGUUUGGAGUCUUCAUCAUCUUGGCGGGUUUCAUCAUCACGGUCAUUACUGUUACUGUCAUGCCCGGCCGAGGAGGCCGUCCACCUCAUGCGAGCUCGGCGUUUGUCUGGAAGGAUUGGACUGCCGAUAUUGGAUACCCAGAUGGUUUUGUCUUUGUUGCUGGCAUGCUUAAUGGAGCGUACAGUGUUGGAUCGGUUCACGCGACGACUCAACUGGCGGAGGAGAUACCUAACCCCAGUCGAAAUGUCCCCAUUGCCAUCUUAUUCCAGGUCGCGACUGGUUUUAUCACCGGUCUUUGUUACCUUAUUGCCAUCAUGUACGCCAUCAACGACUACGAUGCUCUCUUCGAAUCGGCAUAUCCCAUCGCCGAGAUCUAUCGCCAAGCUACCGGCUCCGCAGCUGGUGCUACCGGACUGCUAUCGCUGGUCAUGAUCUGCAUUGCCUUGACUGUCGUUGGACUGUACAUCACCUGCGGUCGAACCCUCUGGGCUCUCGCUCGUGAUGGCGCGACUCCUUUCCCUGGAGUGCUAGGCCACGUCCAGGAGUCUCUCGACAUGCCACUCUGGUCUACCAUCGUCACAGCUGUUCUCGUCUCAGUCCUUGGCGCCAUCUAUGUCGGCAGCACAACAGCCUUCAAUGCAUUCGUCGGAACCUUUAUUCUUCUCUGCAGCUGUUCAUUCUUGGCAUGCAUCCUGCCCAAUCUCCUCAGUGGACGAAAGAACAUCGCUUAUGGACCCUUCAGAAUGCAUGGCAUCUGGGGAUUUAUUAUCAACGGCAUUGCAUGUGCUUAUCUCCUUAUCUGGAGUGUUAUCUACUGCUUCCCUUAUGCUCUGCCUACAAGUGCCGCGAGCAUGAACUAUACUUGCGUUAUUUGGGGCGGGUUGACUUUCUUGGUUAGUCUUUGGUGGUUUGGAAGCGCAAGGAAAGGAUACCAGGGCCCUACGACGACUGGAGGUGUUGUCCCAGGGAUGGUAAUCGAUGCCGCCUGAUCUGUUGUUGAUAUGCAGUAGCUGAGCCUAAUCGUACGUUUGCAUUUUGUCUCACUUGUACAUAGUCCAAUGAACAAGCCGUUGCUUUUGGAAAUCAAUUCUAUUUCAC